AUGAAGUUCACCAUUGCCUUCUCCGUCGCCUGCCUGUUGGCCACCGCUUUGGCUGCUCCUCCGGCCAGCCAGCAGGAGGCGCAGGUGCUGCGCUUCGACUCUGAUGUUCAGCCCGAGGGCUACAACUUCGCCGUGGAGACCAGCGAUGGCAAGAGGCACCAGGAGGAGGGAGAGCUGAAGGACGUGGGCACCGACCACGAGGCGCUUGUGGUGCGCGGCUCCUACUCCUAUGUUGGAGACGAUGGACAGACCUACGCCAUCACCUAUCUAGCCGAUAAGUACGGCUUCCAGCCAGAGGGCGCACAUCUGCCCCGUGCCGUUCAGUAA